AUGAAUUCCGCUUGUGUUGUCGUUUUGUCUCUUGCUCUUUUCGCCGCCAUAACCGAAGCCUACGUCGGACCUGCCUACCCAGGAAUCGGUUUCGGUGGAGUUUACGGAGGAGCAACCUACGGUACUGGUUGUCCAACUUCCGUUUGCGACACUUGCAAUUGCGUUAAAACCGUCGUCAGACCGGUCGUCGAACAAAUCCCCUACAGCACCAGCAGAAGAGUUCAAAGCCCACGUUUUGCUACCACUGGUGUUUAUGCAGCUCCAGGUUUGUACCCGGCUGGUGCUGCUGCUUUGGAAACCCGCGCUGCUGCUGCAGCCGCCGCUUUGGAAACUCGUACCGGAUUUUUGAACGGAUAUGCCGGCUACGGUGGAAACCUCGUUGUUUAA